UGGAUCUGUUACUUCGUCCAUUUACCCCGAAGCUUUCGACUGCGGAAAUAGCUAUCCCCCCAAUAAUCAGCUUGCCCGCAUAUUGGCGUCGUAUUGGCCAUUUGCCAUCUUAACCGUAAUGAUCUAGAUUUCAUAGGCAGGAUAUAUAAUAUUAGGUAGCCAUGGGGGAAUGAAUCCAGGUUGGGAAUUAUGGCUUAAACGACUAUGGGAGCAGCUACCCCUUGAGCGACAAUGGCUUCCGUAGUAUCAUUAAGCAUUACCGCGCUCUUGAUUGUUAAAGGCGUAGUUGCUAAGGAUUUUCCUAACUGUCAAUCUGGGCCUCUCGCUUCCAACCAAGUAUGCAACACUACACUUGAUCCGUGGUCGAGAGCUGCUGCUCUCGUGGCCCAAUUCACCCACGACGAGAAGAUAUCCAACUCCUGGGACAACUCGCCUGGGGUCUCGCGUCUGGGCGUCCCCUCCUACGAAUGGUGGAACGAAGCGCUCCACGGCGUGGCCAGCUCGCCCGGUGUCCAGUUCGCCAGCUCGGGCAACUUCAGCUACGCGACGUCGUUCCCGCAGCCCAUCACCAUGGGCGCCGCCUUCGACAUGCCCCUGAUCCGCUCCGUCGCCGAGACUACGAGCACCGAGGCCCGCGCCUUCAGCAACGCCGGCCGCGCCGGCCUCAACUUCUGGACCCCCAACAUCAACCCCUUCCGCGACCCCCGCUGGGGCCGCGGCCAGGAGGUCCCCUCCGAGGACCCCUACCACGCCGCCCAGUACGUCUUGCAGCUCAUCCCCGGCCUGCAGGGCGGUCUCAGCGCGGACCCCUACUACAAGCUUGUCGCGACGUGCAAGCACUACGCCGGCUACGACAUGGAGAAUUGGAAGGGGAAUCGGCGGUACGCUUUCGAUGCCAAGAUUUCUAGCCAGGACUUGCAGGACUAUUACCUCGCGCCGUUCCGCGCGUGCGUGCGCGACGCGAAUGCCCUGUCCGUCAUGUGCAGCUACAACGCGGUCAACGGCGUGCCGACCUGCGCCGACCCCUGGCUGCUCGAGGACGUGCUGCGCGGUUUAUACGGCUUCAGCAGCGAGGACCGCUGGGUCACGGCCGACUGCGACGCGCUGCAGAACGUCUGGACGGACCAUCGGUACGGCUCCUCGGCCGAGGGGGCCGCGGCCGCGAGCCUGAACGCCGGCACGGAUCUCGACUGCGGCCAGUUCUGGCCGCAGAACCUGCCCGCUGCGUAUAGCUCGCGGCUCUUCAACGACACCGUUCUCGACCGCUCGCUGAUCCGCCGCUAUGCAUCCAUGGUGCGCCUCGGCUGGUUCGAUCCCCCGGCGCAGCAGCCGUACCGCCAGCUCGGAUGGGACGCCGUCGCGAAGCCCGAGGCGAGGGCGCUGGCUCUGCGGGCCGCACAGGAGGGCAUCGUGCUGCUGAAGAACAACGGCAGCGCGCUGCCCCUCGCCAAGGCCGUGAAGCGCGUCGCUGUGGUCGGGCCCCUCGGCACCGCGACGACGCAGAUGCAGGGGAACUAUUACGGCAGGGCGCAGAACAUCUCGACGGUGGUUUCGGCGUUCCAAGCCGCGGGGUACGAGACCUCCAACGCGCCGGGGUGCGCCCUCACGGGGUCCUCUACGUCCGGGUUCGCGGCGGCGCUCAGCGCGGCGCAGGCCGCGGACGCGGUGGUGUUCGUCGGCGGCAUCGACAUCAGCAUCGAGGGGGAGGAGCGCGAUCGCGAGCAGAUCACGUGGCCCGGGCGGCAGGUCGACCUGAUCAAGCAGCUGGCGGCGGCGAAUGGCGACAAGCCGAUCGUCGUGGUGCAGAUGGGCACCGUGCUCGACAGCUCUGAGAUUAAAGCGCAUGCGGGUGUCGACGCGCUUCUGUGGGCGGGAUAUCCGGGACAAGACGGCGGCGCGGCGGUGGUAAGUAUUCUGACGGGCGAGAAGGCGCCUGCGGGGAGGCUGCCGGUGACGCAGUACCCGGGCGACUAUGUGAACCAAGUCGAUAUGACGAACAUGAAUUUGCAGUCUGGCACGGAGAAUCCUGGACGUACUUAUAAAUGGUACACCAAGGAGCCCGUAUUCCCCUUCGGCCACGGGCUGCACUACACCAGCUUCAACGUCUCCCUCCCCGCCGACCUACCCACCACCUUCACCACUGCAGACCUCACAUCCAACAUCUCAUUCACCCAGACGGGCCCCGUCGCAUCAGGCAAUUAUCCGGACCUAGCGCCCUUCGUCUCCAUCCCCGUUUCGGUAACCAACACCGGGACCACCACGUCCGACUACGUCGUCCUCGCGUUCCUCAAGGGCGAGUACGGGCCCGAACCAUACCCGCUCAAGAGCCUCGUGGGGUUCGCGCGGCUCCACGAUAUCGAGCCCGGGGAGAGCGGGACGGGAACAGGGACGCUGGAGCUGAAGCUCGGCGCCGUGGCGCGCAGCGAUCGGGACGGCAGCUUGACGCUCUGGCCCGGGAAGUACAGGCUGGUGCUGGAUAUCGACGACCGCGCCGCGUGGGAUUUCGAGAUCACCGGGGAGCAGGUCAUGUUGGAGAAAUUGCCGCCGAAGAGGUCGUAGGUUAGGUACCUAAAGUAAGAAGAAGAUAGGAAAAGGGAAAAGGAGUUGCUGCGAUCUCCGAUCUGCGAUGGAGCGAUGGAAAGAUUCUUAAGGUCACACACAAUACGAGUACCUGUUACGCUGGAUAUUUACCUAACACAAAGAU